GAUGAAAAUCCACGAUGGAUUAAGUGUUGGGACCUUCAGUUUGAGCACUUGACAUUUGGGGUUGAUCUGCUUUGGGAGUCAAUUUACAGGAAUAUCAUAAAAAAACAAAAAACAAAAAAAACCCCGCUGGAUUUGACCGAGCAGCACCUGCUGGAGUCUUUCCUGCAGACCGGCGGCUAUUCGAGAGUGGUAGUAAUAUGAGGAAGCCUUUGAAUGUGCUCGAUCCCGGAAUAAGACCAGAGGACCUCCAGGGUGUUUAGACCGGGGAGCAGCAUGCAAACCAACCGGUGAACCGCUGCUGCCUGCCGAACCCCCUCCCUUGACCUUUACCACCAGCACCACCAGCCCAGCUUUUUCUUUUCUUUUGGCGACGGGAAUUCCAGACACCCCAGCUCUGUCUGCCAGCCUGCGCCAUGGAUUUCAUGCUACCCAUAAGAAGUCAAGAGAUGAUAGCUUUCUCCUGCUCCGAUCCUUUCCUGGAUCCCCACAGUGUCAACACCCGGUUCCCCCACCAGGCCGUCAAGAGAAAGCUGCGGCCUGGACGGAUUCUCGGCUUCGUCAUCAGCCUGGUGGCAGUCUGCACAGUUUGUUCACUGAGUGCCUUCUCGUUGGCCACAGCUGUGGCCACUGAACAGAGAGAAUCAGUUGCCGAGUCCCCAGCCGACGCAGCAGUGCCCCAAAGAACUCUUCUGCAGCGCCAGAAUGUGUCGGGCGCCCCAGAGGACACGCCGGUGGCCAUGAAGUCUUCCCACCUGGACAUGAACCAAGGAGACUACCCAACAGACUACUUCAGCGUGGAGGACAGGCGCCAGGGCUACGUGGUUCUUCACAUGUUUGGAAUGUUGUACAUGUUCAUAGCCUUAGCCAUCGUUUGCGAUGAGUUCUUCGUCCCCGCACUCACCGUCAUAACAGAGAAGCUGGAGAUCUCGGACGACGUGGCUGGGGCCACCUUCAUGGCGGCGGGCGGCUCGGCCCCAGAGCUCUUCACCUCCAUCAUAGGAGUCUUCGUCUCCCACAGCAAUGUGGGCAUCGGCACCAUCGUGGGCUCGGCCGUGUUCAACAUCCUGUUUGUGAUCGGAAUGUGCGCCCUUUUCUCCAAGGAGGUGCUCAACCUCACCUGGUGGCCUCUGUUCAGAGACGUCUCGUUUUACAUCAUCGGGCUGCUCCUGCUCAUCUACUUUUUCCUGGAUAACCAAAUCACGGUGUCGGAGAGUAUCAGUCUGUUGAUGUGCUACACCUGCUACGUGACAUUCAUGAAGUUCAAUUCUCAGAUAGAGAACCUCAUCAAAACCAGGCUGGGGAGCAACCAGGUGGUCGAGCUGGAAGCCGCUCCAAAGGCAAAUUCAUCAGGAGACGAUGAGAACAAGUUGACGGCCAAACCCCGGCUGCAGAGGGAAGGCAGCUGUGCAUCGCUGCACAACUCUCUGAUGAGGAACAGCAUCUUCCAGCUCAUGAUACACACACUCGACCCCCUCAGUAAUGAAGGACGGUUUAAAGAGAAGGCUUCCAUCCUCCACAAAAUGGCCAAACAUAAGUGUAAAGAAGAAGCUGCCACGGCCAACGGUGUUGUUGAUAAAAAGCUCACAAACAGCUCAAAGGUCGCCGUUGAGGUCACGCCGCCCAUGAACGGAGUCGCAGGAGGAGAUCAGGAGGGUGAGGAAGAGGAAGAUGAGGACCAGCCUCUGAGCCUGGCCUGGCCUGACACCCCGAGGAAACGGAUCACCUACCUGCUCAUCCUGCCCAUCGUCUUCCCCCUUUGGCUCACACUGCCCGAUGUCAGGAGAGAGACGUCUGAAAGGUUCUUUCCAGUCACGUUCAUCGGCUCCAUCUGUUGGAUCGCGUUCUUCUCCUACCUGAUGGUGUGGUGGGCUCACCAGGUUGGAGAGACUUUCUGGAUCACAGAGGAAAUCAUGGGUUUGACCAUUCUAGCAGCGGGAACAUCCAUCCCCGACCUGAUCACCAGUGUGAUUGUGGCGCGAAAAGGCCUGGGCGACAUGGCCGUGUCCAGCUCCGUGGGCUCCAACAUCUUCGACAUCACCGUCGGCCUGCCGUUCCCGUGGCUCCUCUACAACAUCAUCAACGACUUCAAGCCCGUGGAGGUGAGCAGCAACGGCCUGUUCUGUGCCAUCGUCCUCCUCUUCCUCAUGCUCCUCUUCGUCAUCAUUUCCAUCGCGGCUUGCAAGUGGAAAAUGAGCAAGUUUCUGGGCUUACUCAUGUUCCUGCUCUACUUUGUCUUCCUGGUCGUCAGCGUCAUGUUGGAGGACAAAGUCAUCAUGUGCCCAGUCACCAUCUAA